UUGCUCCAGUGAGACGCUUCAUUACGUUUCUGCUUCUUCCUUUCUCUCUGUUUCCUUUUCACACUCACCGCCUCACCAAUACAUAGUAUUUUUUUUCUUUUCUUUUCCUUCUUAAAAGAAAAAAAAAAAGAAAAAAAAAAAGAAAGAAAAGUCUAGGGUAGAAUUCAAUGGUAUGGCUGACACGAUGGAGAAGACCACCAUCUUAGCCAUUGCUGCUUCCUCAUCUUUUUCAUUUUUCGAUGCUUAUUGCCAGAGAAGCAAAACUCAUCAAACUGAUGAGGUAGUUCAAUCCAAUGGGUGGUUCACUUCUCACAUGUUGUCUUUCGAUGGAAUUGGAGAAUCAUCAUCCCUCCACACUCUUGUCCAUGGAUUCAAGUGCACCUUCUUCUCAUCAGGAACUGGAUCUGGAUAUGAAUGGCAAAAUCACACUCUCAUGUCCACCUGAUAUCAAUUUGCCCCUCUCGGUUGAGCGCAGUCCCCCUCCACAGCCAUGGAAUCCUGACCCUUCUGAUACAGUGCUGGAUGUUGGUCUUGGUGGUGCUCAAGGAUAUGAGGCUGAGAGCUUCCUCCAACUCCCAAAAGUUGGAAGGAAAUGCGCCAAGCGGCUUGAUAGCAUAUGGGGUGCUUGGUUUUUCUUCAGGUUUUACUUCAAGCCAGCAUUGCUUGAGAAGUCCAAGGCCAAGGUUGUUAGGGACAGCAAUGGUGUUUCAGGGUUCGAUAAGUCCGACAUCAAGCUUGAUGUUUUCAUGGUUCAACACGACAUGGAAAACAUGUACAUGUGGGUUUUCAAGGAGAGGCCGGAGAAUGCUUUGGGUAAGAUGCAGUUGAGGAGUUACAUGAAUGGGCAUUCCCGUCAAGGGGAGCGUCCAUUUCCAUUCAGCGCCGACCGGGGUUUUGUUCGGUCCCACCGUAUGCAACGAAAGCAUUACAGAGGGCUUUCAAAUCCUCAAUGUUUGCAUGGCAUUGAGGUUGUUCCGGCACCCAAUCUUAUGAAUCUUGAUAAGGAUGAGCAGAAGAAGUGGAUUGAACUCACAGGCCGUGAUUUGAACUUCACAAUCCCACCAGAAGCUAGUGAUUUCAGUUCAUGGAGGAAUCUUCCCAACACAGACUUUGAGCUUGAGAGACCCCUUCCUCUGAUCAAGGGUAUUCCAAAUCCCCAUCCAAAGAAGCUGCUUAAUGGAUCUGUGCUAAAUUUAUCAACUCAUCUAUCUAACAUCGGGAAUGCUGAUGGGAUAAACCUGUCUUCUUCUAUUAGCAGCAAGAAAAGGAAGGACUUUUUCUUAUAUGGGAAUGAUGAAGAAUGUUGCUUGGCAGUUAAUCCUCCAUCUGAUCGGAUUCCAGAUUUGGUAAUGCACCCAAGCGAAUCACUUUGGCUGAAUGACUUCAGUGGGGUGAUGAAGAAUGUGAGUGGACCAGUUACAGCUUCAAAAACUAUUUAUGAGGAUGAAAAAGGUUACUUGAUCAUUAUCAGUCUGCCAUUCGUUGAUCUUCCCAGUGUGAAAGUUACUUGGAGGAAUACUGUCACUCACGGCAUCAUAAAGGUUUCUUGUGUGAGCAUAUCUCGCAAGCCAUUUAUCACCAGAAACGAUAGAACCUUCAAGCUUACAGAGCCAUUGUCAGAGCACUGCCCUCCUGGAGAGUUUGUUCGUGAAAUCCAACUUCCAACUCGAAUUCCUGAAGAUGCCAACAUAGAAGCUUACUAUGAUGGGCCAGGUUCUGUGCUUGAGAUAACGGUGCCUAAACUUCUUCCAGGAUCUGAAGAACAUGAAGUUCGUGUCUGCCUUCGCCCCAAUGUGGCCAAUGAUCUCAUGUUAACUUGAUUUAGGCACUUACUAAAAAAUACAUGGCUAUUUCCAGCAUGGUCCGAUAUUCAUUGUUCUGCUAAACUUUGUACCAUACUGUUCAUUCUAUAAUACAAAUGUAUUUCCAUAUAA